AUAAAAUCCAUUCGUAAGGACAAAAUUAAGGAUGAACAAGAUAUGGUUCACAUCAGACGGGAGAUUGAGAUCAUGUCAUCCCUCAGCCACCCUCAUAUCAUCACCAUAUAUGAAGUGUUUGAAAAUAAAGAUAAGAUUGUGAUCAUCAUGGAGUAUGCAAGCAAAGGAGAGUUGUAUGAUUACAUCAGUGAGAGGCGACGAUUAAGCGAGAGAGAGACCAGACACUUCUUUCGGCAAAUAGUCUCUGCUGUACAUUACUGCCACAAGAAUGGUGUUGUCCACAGGGACCUAAAAUUGGAAAACAUCCUUCUUGAUGACAAUUUUAAUAUUAAGAUUGCUGAUUUUGGACUCUCCAACCUUUACCACAAAGACAAGUUUCUGCAGACCUUUUGUGGAAGCCCACUGUAUGCUUCCCCUGAAAUAGUUAAUGGACGACCUUACAGAGGCCCAGAGGUUGACAGCUGGGCCCUUGGUGUAUUGCUUUACACCCUGGUUUAUGGAACGAUGCCCUUUGAUGGCUUCGAUCACAAAAAUCUCAUCAGGCAGAUCAGCAGUGGAGAGUAUCGUGAGCCAACACAGACCUCAGAUGCUCGUGGUCUUAUCAGAUGGAUGCUGAUGGUGAACCCUGAACGUCGAGCAACUAUUGAAGACAUUGCCAACCACUGGUGGGUGAACUGGGGCUACAAGAGUAGUGUUUGUGACUGUGAUGCUAUGAGGGACUCCGAGUCCCCAUUGCUGGCAAGGUUCAUUGAUUGGCAUCACCGUUCUACUGGCCUCCAACCAGAGACUGAUACCAAACUGAAGUGCCUUUCUAAGCCCAAAGUUCCUGAAGUCACACUAGAGAGACAAAGGUCUCUGAAAAAAUCAAAAAAGGAAAAUGACAUUGCACAGUCCAUCCAGGAAGGAGGAGCUGAAAACGCAUCCAAACCCACCUCCAAGAGACCCAAAGGCAUCCUGAAGAAAAGGAGCAACAGUGAACAUCGAUCUCACAGUGCAGGUUUCAUUGAAGGAGUGGUCAGCCCAGGGUUACCCUCUGCUUUUAAGCUGGAGCAAGAGUUGUGUAGGACUGGCAUAGCCAUUAAAAGUGUUGUGGAGGGAGAGGUAGCGGGUAAAUAUGGCACUAAGCAGUCUUCACUAAUGCCAAAAAAAGGGAUAUUAAAGAAGACUCAACAGAGGGAGUCUGGCUAUUACUCUUCUCCAGAACGAAGUGAAUCUUCUGAACUCUUGGACAAUAAUGAUGAGACAGUAAAUAGUGACACAUCUCCGGGGGUCACUGAGCCAUCCAGAAAUGGGUCUUACAGCCAUUCCUGCAGGCGUAAGGGCAUCUUGAAACAUAACAGCAAGUAUUCUACCAGCAGCACUGAAUCUGCUUUGAUUAGCCCUGACACACCAACGCUGGAGGCCAUGGAAGAAGUGGUCCUGCCUGGGGACGCAUUACCUCGAAGUUACAGUCGCCCCUCCAGCGUGAUCAGCGAUGACAGUAUUUUGUCCAGUGACUCCUUUGAUUUGCUGGAUUUGCAAGAGAACAGGCCAAACAGACAGAGGAUACGGAGCUGUGUCUCUGCUGAAAAUUUCCUGCAGAUCCAAGACUUCGAAGGACUUCAGAACCGACCACGGCCACAGUAUCUAAAGCGUUAUCGCAACCGUCUGGGGGACAGCAGUUUUUCCCUUCUCACAGACAUGGAUGAUGUGACUCAGGUCUACAAGAAAGCCCUAGAGAUCUGCAACAAGCUCAACUAG